GGGAACAUGCGCAGUUUUCCCAUGCGCCCGGCGCUCCUGGUGGCGCUGGGCGCUCUGCUGGCACCGGGAGCAGGGUCUGCGAAGGUCCAAAGUCCCAUAGCCGCCAACGGCCAGCAGCAGUGGGGGGACCUGCGCGACCUGGAUGCGGGGGAGCUGUUAGCCGAAGAUGCGGAAGAGGGGGAGGAGCAGGAGUGCUUCGAGCUUCGGGACCAGAACCGGGGAGAGGCAGAGCAGCUCUUUCGACUAGAGCGGAUGGCCGCCGAGCAGGACACAGCGAUCGCCCGAUUGAAGCAGAAAGUGCGAGA